GUCGUAGGGCACUCUGCGGAUCACCGGAACUUUGGGAUCAGAGAUAUAGUGACGUCGGAGAUCGUGUCCCGCCCUCUGGCCACCGUUCCCUCGUUGAUUAUAGGAUGGGUCUGCUAUCGCUGCUGCGUAAACUGAGACCCAAUCCGGAGAAGGAGGCUCGAAUCCUGCUCCUGGGCCUGGAUAAUGCGGGCAAGACUACGAUACUGAAGCAACUGGCCUCGGAGGACAUAACCACGGUAACGCCCACGGCCGGAUUCAACAUCAAGUCCGUGGCAGCCGAUGGUUUUAAGCUAAAUGUUUGGGACAUCGGGGGCCAAUGGAAGAUACGACCAUAUUGGAAGAACUACUUUGCUAAUACUGAUGUGCUGAUCUAUGUAAUUGACUGUACGGAUAGGUCCCGAUUGCCGGAAGCGGGUAGCGAACUGUUCGAGAUGCUCAUGGACAACCGGCUAAAACAGGUUCCCGUGCUGAUCUUCGCCAACAAACAGGAUAUGCCGGAUGCCAUGACGGCCUCCGAGGUUGCUGAGAAGAUGAGUUUGGUACAACUGCAGGGGAGAACCUGGGAGAUCAAGGCCUGCACUGCUGUGGAUGGAACUGGCCUCAAGGAGGGAAUGGACUGGGUCUGCAAGAACAUGAAGAAGUAAUCUAAAGAGUCGUAAUCUUCGCCUGUUAAGUUUUUCCUAAGAUCAAAAUCAUAAAUAUACGUACCUACUAUUAGCUUCACUUCAA